AGUGGUUUUCGAGGUUAGUGGUUACUGAAGUAUCAAUGUUGGAGGACGUAGAAGAAGUGGAAAACAAUACUUCAGUCGCAUUGACCUAGUGAGAAAUUUGCUUACGGAAGCGUUAUAAUUCACCGGUGAGUGCGCAUUUUUGACGCAUAAGUAUCCGUUUUGCCGAAAAAAUCAACAUGGCAUGGACAACGUACCAACUUUCUUUGGCUGUUUUAAUGGUUGUCACUGGCUCCAUCAACACCCUCUCAACAAAAUGGGCUGAUAAGCUUGAGUCAGAAAACAGUGCUGGAGAUGCACAGCCCUUCAACCAUCCUUUCUUGCAGGCAUGUACUAUGUUCAUUGGAGAGUCGCUAUGUUUACUGGUGUUCAGUAUUUCACAUUUUGCAAAAAAGAGGAAACAGUCACAGUCAAAUGAACUGGCAGCUGUAGUUGACAAUCCUAUCUCCAGCUUCAAUCCUCUCAUUUUCUUUCCACCCGCCAUGUUGGACAUGUUGGCUACAUCAACAAUGUAUGUUGGGCUGAAUCUAACAUAUGCUUCCUCAUUCCAAAUGCUGAGAGGUGCUGUCAUAAUUUUUACUGGGCUUCUGUCCACAGCCUUCCUAGGACGGCUUUUGAAGGCACGCGAGUGGUUAGGCAUGCUUACUGUCAUCAUGGGUCUGAGCGUAGUGGGGGCAUCCGAUUUCAUUUUCAGCUCUGGUGGCAGCAACAACUCUCUUAACAGCAUUAUCACUGGAGAUUUGUUGAUUGUCAUGGCACAGAUUGUCACAGCCAGUCAGAUGGUAUGGGAGGAGAAAUUCGUCACCAAACACAAUGUACCAGCCUUGCAGGCCGUCGGAUGGGAGGGUAUUUUCGGUUUCGUCACUUUGAGCCUCUUGCUGAUACCAAUGUACUUCCUCCGUGUCGGACCUCCGUUUAGUUCUAAUCCUCGAAUGGUCCUUGAAGAUGCUUUGGAUGGAUUUACUCAGAUGAAAAAUAACCCAAUGAUUAUUCUCGCCAUGUCAGGUACUGUUAUAAGCAUCGCAUUUUUUAAUUUCGCUGGUGUCAGCGUCACAAAGGAGUUAUCAGCAACCACUCGUAUGGUUUUGGAUUCGGUACGGACGCUUGUCAUCUGGAGUGUGAGUUUACUGCUGCAAUGGCAACAGUUUUAUUGGCCACAGAUUAUCGGUUUCGCUUUACUGGUAACCGGUAUGGGCGUGUACAACAACAUUAUCAACGCCUCGGUGUGCAAGUGUCGCCGCGGGUCGGAUUCGGAACCACUUUUAGGGGUAAAUGAAGAUCAAUCCAUCAACGAUGAAGAAGGAAGACCAAGUGUUAUUCACUAGUCUUUCCCUAUUUCUUCACCACAUGAUGCUUUUCUUAUCCUUUUCUCAAUUGAUAGUGUUCUACCUUCUCAAUAUUUUUUUCAUGACGGAAAAUUAGUAAUCGUUUCGUUAAUUAGUGCAGUCUCGGUCAGCAAAAUUUAUUCCGUAUUUUAAAAAUGAAUUCAAGCAGUGUAAGCUUGUGUUUCUGUUGACUCAUUGAUGUUUUGAAACGAUCAGAUUCUCUUUCGUCAGUCUUUCAUUGAACAGCGGGUCUUCCUUGAUGAAAAUCAACAAUAGAUUAACUUCUAUAGA